CUAUUUUCCACGUCAUCCCAAGCUUUCCUGCAGAGUCAGCGGGUGCACAGCUUCUUUCAGGCCGUACCAGCGGACCCCCUGCACAGCCUCAAUAACUUACAAUCCUCCCUGAAGACUUCUAAAAUCUUAGAACACUUAAAGGAAGACAGUUCGGAAGCUUCAAGUCAAGAAGAAGACGUGUUACAGCACACCAUAAUCCACAAGAAACAUACCGGGAAAAGUCCCCUCGUGAACACUGUCAGUACAAGUUGUUCUCCACUGGAUGGGCUCACCAUGCAAUAUUCUGAACAGAAUGGACUCGUGGAUUGGAGGAAGCAAAGCUGUCCCGCCAUUCAGCACCCGGAGCACUGUGUGGCCUUAGCUGACCAGCAUUCAACUGAGAAACGAAGCUUAUCAUCAAUAAAUAAGAAGAAAGGAAAGCCACAAAUAGAAAAGGAGAAAACGAUGAAAACUGACAACAGAUUGAAUAGUAGAAUAAAUGGUAUUAGAUUCUCCACUUCUCAACAUGCCCAUGGUGGUUCUGUGAAAGAUGUGAAUUUGGACAUUGGAUCUGGACAUGACACGUGUGGAGAAACCUCUUCAGAGAGUUACAGUUCUCCUUCUAGCCCACGACAUGAUGGAAGAGAAAGCUUUGAAAGUGAAGAAGAAAAAGACAGAGACACAGACAGCAAUUCUGAGGAUUCUGGGAAUCCAUCAACAACCAGGUUUACAGGCUAUGGUUCCGUCAACCAGACCGUCACUGUCCAGCCGCCUGUUCAGAUUGCUUCAUUAGGAAGCGACAACGGAGGCCUUUUAGAAGAUCCCCUCACCGCACCCAAGUAUCAGCAUAUUUCUUUUAUGCCAACUUUACACUGUGUCAUGCACAAUGGUGCCCAGAAGUCUGACGUUGUUGUUCCUCCACCCAAAUCUGCCGAUGGCAAGACAAUAGGGAUGCUCGUUCCCAGUCCUGUUGCUAUUUCUGCAAUAAGGGAAUCCACAAAUUCCACCCCUGUUGGAAUCCUGGGGCCAGCAGCUUCUACUGGAGAAUCUGAAAAGCACCUUGAAUUACUGGCUUCCCCUUUACCUCUUCCGUCAGCCUUCCUCCCCCACAGCAGCGCCCCUGCUUUGCACCUCACAAUCCAGAGGCUAAAGUUGCCGCCACCACAGGGGUCUUCAGAGAGUUGCCCAGUUAACAUCCCACAGCAGCCCCCCGCGAGUCUGAGCAUCGGAUCACCAAACACUGCCUUUCUUCCUGUCCACAGCCCAGGUAGUUUUCCGGGAUCUCCUGUCGCUACCACGGACCCCAUCACAAAAUCUGCAUCCCAGGUGGUAGGACUCAAUCAAAUGGUGCCUCAAAUCGAGGGAAACACUGGGACCGUCCCUCAGCCUACCAAUGUGAAGGUAGUUCUUCCAGCAGCCGGCCUGUCAGCCGCCCAGCCACCAGCUUCCUACCCCUUGCCAGGCUCGCCCCUCGCCGCCAGUGUGUUGCCCAGCCAGAAUUCCAGCGUGCUCGGCACGGCGGCCACGUCGGCCCAGUCGGCGGGGGCGGGCAUCAGUCAGGCCCAGCCCGCAGCGCCGCCCGCCGUCCCCACCCACACCCCAGGCCCCGCCCCCAGCCCGAGCCCUGCGUUGACGCACAGUACUGCGCAGAGUGACAGCACGUCUUACAUCAGUGCUGUGGGAAACACGAACGCUAACGGGACAGUACUGCCGCCACAGCAGAUGGGCUCGGGUCCUUGUGGUUCUUGCGGGCGCAGGUGCAGCUGUGGGACCAAUGGCAGCCUUCAGCUAAACAGUUACUACUAUCCUAACCCAAUGCCCGGACCAGUGUACCGAGUCCCGUCGUUCUUUACCCUGCCAUCCAUCUGCAAUGGCAGCUACCUCAACCAAGCACAUCAGAGCAACGGAAACCAACUUCCUUUUUUUCUGCCUCAGACUCCAUAUGCAAAUGGACUGGUGCAUGACCCAGUCAUGGGGAGCCAAGCCAACUAUGGCAUGCAACAAAUGGCGGGAUUUGGGAGAUUCUAUCCUGUCUAUCCAGCACCUAAUGUAGUUGCCAACGCGAGCGGUUCGGGGCCCAAGAAGAACGGGAACGUGUCAUGUUACAACUGUGGCGUGAGCGGACACUACGCACAGGAGUGCAAGCAGUCGUCCAUGGAGGCCAGUCAACAAGGCACUUACAGACUGAGAUACGCACCUCCCCUCCCCCCUUCUAAUGAUACGUUGGAUUCUGCAGACUGAAACAAGUAAAGCUUGACUGCCUAAUACCCUGACGUGUUGGGGAGUCAUGGUGGGGUGUGGAGGGGAGGAAAGGAAAGGUAUUUUUUGUUUGUGUUUCUUUGUCUAUACAUUUCCUAGAUUUCUAUGCAGUUGGGAUUUUUCAUUUCUCUUGUACCGAUGUCCAAAACAAAAAAGAAUGCAUUGCUUUUGAGCCUCUGGUCUCCUGGUUCAACAACAGGCUUAUGUGUAUGAUACAUGUAAUUUAAACAUCCAGACAAACUAUCAAAAGGAAAAUGUUUGCUGUGCUUUUUUUUUUUACACUGAAUACUUGCUGUGUGCAAUGUUUACUGAAUCUUUAAAACUGUGUAUUUGACCUUUUUUUACAACACUGGUGACAGUCAUAUGGUUUUGAAAAAGAGAAACUUUGCUUCUUCCCCACUCUUCUCACUUUCACCCUAAAGGACACACAUCUCCCCGCCACCCUCCUUCCAGUGACGUGAGGCAGGGGCAGUUGGCCGCGCAUCGGUCUCCGCUUUCAUGACCCGUCCUGCCUGUAAGUCGAGGGUGAAAUGUUUCACCUUAAUCCGAAAGGAGACAUCAAGUUCCCCGAAUUGUGUGUAUGUAUGUACUAAACAGCAUCACGUAAACACAGAUAUGCAGUGCUUGUGGUCCAAAUCAAAAUUAAAGUAAGUGGAAGAGAGAGGAAGAAGUAAAACCAUAUGAAACUGAAAAAAUAUGAUGUCUGAAGUGGACAAAGAGCUUUUUCUUAAAAAAACAAACAAAAAACAAAAAAAGCCAAAAAAAAAAAAAAAAAAAAAACUUUUUACUUCAUCAUACUUUUUUAGCCUGUUGCUUCAGAGAGACUUAAAGUGAACAAACUAGUGUGAGUGUUGUUCUGUGUGUCUGUGUGUGUAAUGAAAGUCGACAGCCGAUUUCACUUGUAGUCUACCACUGUGUCGUGCUAAAGAGACACUACCUGAGUAAAGAUUUCUUCUUUUCUCACACCAACUGUAGCAGUGUUAUGUUGUGUUUAAAAUGUGUAUGGUUUAUUGCAAUCUGAGCAGGAGUUCUGGCUUCUGCAAAAGUCAGGUUUGUUCCCUAACCCGUCUCUCGUAGCAAAGUCACUUUGAUAAGUUUACCACUAUGCUUGAUUAUAAUGUGAAAGACUGAAUUCUGAGUGUGUUAAGAUGGUAUUAAUCAUGUCAGUGUCAUGUCACUAAGUUUAAUGCUGCUGUUUAAAAAAAAAAAAAAGUUUUUUUAAAGCCAAUCUAUGUACUAAAUUGCUUCCAGGUAAUUUUUGAUUUCCUAAAGUGCACUGAGAUUAUCUGGAAGAUUGGGUGUAUUUUUGGAACUGCUGCAUUCAAAAGCAAUGAGCAACUACCACUGUAUAGUCCUAGGUUAAGGGUCGGGGCUGGUUUUGUUUUCCCAUUCCUCAGUACAGAGCAGAAAUGAUAGAUUUUUGUUGUGUGGAGUAAUGUCGGUGUACAGCGGAGGGACUUAAGUGUUUGGUCUUGGUUCAGAAGCCUAACAGAUUGCUAGAUAAAAGGAAAAACUUGAAGAAAAAAGAAGCUUCAUUUAAUGCUUCAUAGGUAGCAUUUAUAUUUAUAGCAGCAAUGUACAUUUUGAAACUAACUUUCAGGGUGGGAGUUAAAGGGGAAAGGGGCGGGGAUGAAGGGGUAGAUGAAAGCUUUAAUUUAAAAAGAGAAGUUCGAGUAAAGGAAAUUAUUUUGAUUAAAUAUAUUUUAUUUGAUCUGGGUAUUUUUGGACCACAUUAUUAAAUUAAUUGUUAAGCUGCAGUUGAGUUGUUCUAGUGAGAGUUUUGAUAAGCCACGUAUGGACCGCAUUGUGAAUCACUUGCCAGUUGUACUUUAUGGAGCUUAUUUUAUGAUUUAAAAUACUGUACUGUACAUAGGAGGUAUGUUACCUUCUCCUUAUUUGUAUGUUUACCAUAUACUUUGAUAUUUGAAAUGUUAUGUACUGGAAAGGCCACUUAUAUUUCUAGAACAGAUUGGAUUUUAUGCAACCCUUUUUCCUUGAAUUAACAGCAAUAAAAAAAAUGAAAAACAGCUUAA